CUUGGUGAUCAAAAAGAAUUUUUUUUUUUUUUCAAUACGAACAUAUGUUUCAAGCAGACGAAGAAAGACCUUUGGAUAAGAAGAACGUAAAAAUAAAUAAAUAAAUCAGAGGUUGCAUCAUGAUGAUUGAGCUGGUCCUGAUUAUAUCAUUCGUCAGCGCGUGUUUGUAUGUAUUCAACGAAUUUCGUGUACAUUAUUACAUCAAAUCACCUGUCCUCUAUUACAAAGACACUGAUGUUCACAGAGAGUUAGUGAAAGGAUGCAAAACUUUAAAAUAUCCUUUCAUCCCAACCUUUUGGGCACCAACACACCAUUUUCAAACGUGGUUAAAAACAUUUUUAAAUUUCCGACGAGAAGCGAAAUUGAAUGUGGUUAGGGAAUACAUUGAAAUGAAAGACCAGGGAAUUAUUUCUUUGGACUGGAUAAAUGUUGACAAAUUAAAAUCAUUAAGAAAAAAAUCUCGUCGAAAGUCGAUUCGACCACAAGAAAAACCAAUGUUGUUAAUAUUACCAAGCGCUAUUAAUACCAAUGUUCAUGAUUAUUUCGACCUGUGUCGUCAAGCCGUCAGAAUGGGGUUUAAACCGGUAUUUUUUAAUCGUCGCGGCUACUCAAAGACGCCGUUAACGACACCAAAAGUCGUCACCUAUUGCGAUAUAUCGGAUAUUCGGGAAGUACUUGAAUACAUUAAAAACCAAAAUCCAUUCAGUGACAUUUAUGCUCUUGGAUUUUCCAUGGAGUCUGGUAACCUAAUCAGUUACCUUGGUAACGAAGGACGCAAAAGCAUGGUGUCGGGCGCUGUGUGUGUCUCCUCAACAUUUGGGUGUGAGAGUCAGUUAGACGAGCAUGCAAUGAAACAGCCAUACAAUUAUAUCAUCACGGAGAAACUUAAAUCUAUAUUUUUAAAGCAACAUUUGCUGGGAACGGAAGUUGACUUUUCGCAAGCUAAAGUAAGUAAAACUAUCGUUGAUCUCCAAGGUGAAAUUCACGCCAGAAGCAACCAUUAUGACUCCAUAAAAACAUAUCUCGAAUAUAACAAUCCAUUGGCUUACUUAAAUAAAGUAACAGUGCCGAUUUUAUUUAUUCAUGCGAAAGAUGAUCCCGUGAUCCCCGAUCAAUGUAUUCCGGUUCCGUUUUUUCAAAUAUCGGAUUGCUGUAUGUUGCUUACCACAGAAUAUGGCGGACAUUGUGGUUUCUUCCAAGGUACAAGUCCAACUUCGUGGGCUGAUACUGUUGCAUUAGAAUUUUUAAAGUCUCUACAAGUGAACAGAAAUGCUUUAUCUGCAGAAGCACUGUACAGAACCAGAAGUAUGACUACUGGCUGUUUAUAGUGGAGAUAAAAAGUGGUUAAAAGCAUAGUGUUUAUAGAGAUAACAAGUAGACAAACUCGCCAUUUUUAGGUUAGAAAUAAUAACUCGCAAUAAUAAAGUCAGAUUUAAAUUGACAAAAAUUAUUUCCAACUAUUUACUGGUUGUAUUGGAGAAAAUAAAUCACAUUCAAUGUCGGAGAUUGUGAAGACACUGGUUUAUUUAUGUGUGAGAUAAACAUUAUUACUUUCAUUAAAUAACAAGUAAUGGGAAAAUGAAAAAUAUUACAUUCUACGACAGAUUUGUUGAUAAACAUUUGGUGUUAUGUAACAGAUACUUAUCAUUACAAGAUAAGUCUUAUUAUAUAAGUAAGCACAUAGCCAUCUAACGCAAUAAAACCACUUCGUACGCA